GGCGCCGUCUCCAGGUAACGGCGGCGCGGCAGGGUCCGGGUUCUGGGGCCGGUUCCGGUGGCGGGGCCGGUUCUGGGGCUAUGAGCGGUGGGACUGGUCCCGGUGGUGGGGCCGGUUCCGGGGCGAUGAGCGGCGGGGCCGGGCGUCGGCGGCUGGUGCUGCACGUGGACCUGAACAACACGGUGGUGGUGGCGGACGCGGUGUCGGGGCAGGGCCCGCGGGCGGCCCUCAACACCUUCCUCAGCACCGUCACCUGGGGCCGCGUCGGGGCCGCCGGCGAGUGGCAGUGGGCGAGCGAUCGCCCCUCCCUCCGCCCGCCCUGCCCCGGCGUCCUCAGCUACUACAGCCACCACGGCCGGGACCCCGCCUUCACCGAGACGGGCCCGGGCCGGUGCUUCCGCGACCUCCACGCCCAUCACCUCCAGCUGCUGGAGUGGCCGGGCAAGCCGCACGACGUCUUGUCGGUACCGGGGGAGGAGAACAGGCACUACCACCUGAUCCUGCCCUCCUUCUUCCACCUGCUGGAGACCCUGCACCGGGAGGGGAGGGCCUUCGCCGUCGUCUUCAGGACCUUCGGCACCGACCUGCCCCGCGCACUGCGGGCCGUCAGCUGUGCCCUGGCUGGGCAGCACCCCCGGUUCCCGGCUCUGCGGGACCUGGCACUCCCUGUUGACCUCACCCUUGGCCGGAUCCGCUGCAGCAAGAGAGAGGUUGUGCUGACACGGGGAGCAGAGCGGCUGGGCACCCAGGAAGGUGGAAGAAAGCUUUAUGACUACUUCAGCUCCUUUGAGGGAAUUGGAGGCUUCCAAGACCACUUUGACUGGUGGGCCAAAAAUCAGUUUUCUUCUCGAGGUGGAAAGCCCCUGUGGAUUGACCCUCAUGAUCCUGAUCUUCACCACAUCUUCAUCGAUGACAACAUCCGAUUGGAUGAUGCAGACACCAUUGUUCAUCCCCAGGUGUUUUCAGAGCGGGGCAGCCGCAACCCCAGGCGCACUCCCACCUCGGAGCUGUACAACAUUUGCCUGGUGCAGACCAACCUGCUGGAGGCCAUUGCUGAUGAGGACUAUUUCCUGCGCUGUGUGAGGAAGUGUGAGGAGAACUACGAGCGCUACCUGGCCUGCAGGGAGCAGGAUGCCCCGAGCCAGCAGUGGGAUGGACAGUGAUGCUGCCUCAUGGGGCCAAGGGCCUCUGGACUGGUACACCCCCUGCUUCCUCCUGCAUCCAGGCAAAGUCCGGGCUGGGCUUCUGCUUCGAGCUGUCCCUCUCUGCUGUGUGAACUGCCCACUCAGUCCUACUGGGAGCCUCCAUGCUUGAGCACAAGCGUCCUGGGAGCUUGUGUGAUGGGAUCCCCAGAGGAAACAGCUGGUGGGGCAGGGAUGAUGCAGGCAGCAGCGCAGUGUUACCGGUGGCACAGCUGAGUGCCAUUUGUGCCGGGGUGUUCUGCUGGGCAGAGUUGGCAGUGCUCUGUCCUUUCUGCCUGUUUUUAAAUCAAACCUUUCUA